UCUGAUUCAAUGGACCAAGUAAAUGACUCUGUGGUAACUGAAUUUGUGUUACUGGGACUUGCACAGUCCUUGGGAAUGCAGUUUUUCCUUUUUUUCUUUUUUUCUUUAAUCUAUGUGGGAAUUAUCCUGGGAAACCUCUUCAUUUUGUUCACAGUGAUUUUUGACCCUCAUUUACACUCCCCCAUGUAUAUUCUGCUGGCCAACCUAUCACUCAUUGACUUGGGCCUUUCAUCCACCACAGUUCCUAGGAUGAUCUCUGAUCUUUUCACUGAUUAUAAAGUCAUUUCUUUCCACAAUUGCAUGAUGCAAAUGUUCUUUAUCCAUGUUAUGGGAGGAGUUGAGAUGGUGCUACUUAUAGCCAUGGCAUAUGACAGGUACACAGCAAUCUGCAAGCCUCUCCACUAUCUAACUAUAAUGAAUCUCAGAAUAUGUGUGUUUUUGGUAGUAGCUGCUUGGGUCUUUGGGGUGAUUCAUGCUGUAACUCAGUUUGCUUUUGUCAUAAAUCUACCCUUCUGUGGCCCUAAUAAUGUGGGGAGCUUUUACUGUGAUUUUCCUCGGGUUAUUAAACUUGCAUGCAUGGACACUUACAGACUAGAAUUUGUGGUCACUGCCAACAGUGGCUUCAUAUCUAUGGGCACCUUCUUUUUCUUAAUUGUAUCAUACAUCUUUAUUCUGGUCACUGUCCGACAACAUUCUUCAAAUGAUUUAUCCAAAGCUUUCCUUACUUUGUCAGCUCACAUCCUUGUAGUGGUUUUGUUUUUUGCUCCAUGCAUGUUUCUCUAUGUGUGGCCUUUCCCUACUAAGUCAUUGGAUAAGUUUUUUGCCAUUGUGGACUUUGUUGUCACCCCUGUUUUAAAUCCUACCAUCUAUACUUUAAGGAAUAAAGACAUGAAGGUGGCCAUGAGAAGGCUGGGUCGACAGGUUGUAAGUUCCAGGGAGACAACAUAA